GGUGGUGUGUAGUGAACUUAGUGGUCACCAUUCACCCACCAUUCCUCAUUCCUCAUUCCUCAAUCCUCAAUCCUCAAUCCUCAAUCCUGAAUCCUCAAAACUUUGAUCCCUUUUUUCUCUCAUUUCUCAAUUUUGUCUCAAAAAUGGACAUUGGAUCAGCUAUGUCUGUUGUCCAAACACUAUCUGCCGCAUGUUCAAAGCUGAAAGAAAUAUGCUCCUACUUUGGCUAUGAAUCUCAACUUGCUGACCUCCAACGUACAGUUUCCACUGUCAAGGCUGUUCUUCGUGAUGCAGAGACCAAGAUAGAGCUCUCCAAUGAAGCACAGUUAUGGAUUGAAGAGCUCAAGGAUGCUAUCUAUAAUGCUGAUGAUUUAUUUGAUAAGUUUGUCACUCUCACUGAACACAAGCAGAGGGAAGUCAUGGAAGAUGGUAAACUCUCUAAACAAGUGCGUCGCUUCUUUUCUCGUCACAAUCCUUUUAGUUUUGCAUAUAAUAUGUCUCAUGAAGUUAAGAAGAUUAGGGAGGAGAUUGAUGCUAUUGCUAGUAAUCAUACUAAGUUUGGCUUCUUAAGUCUUGACUCUCAGCCUAUUAGGAAGAGAAGAGAGGAUACUUGUUCUUAUGUUUAUGAGGAUAAUAUUAUUGGGAGGGAGGAUGAUGUGAACAAGAUCAUUGCUAUCUUGCUAGAUAGUAAUAAUGUUGAACGCAAUGUUUCUUUCUUUUCUGUUGUCGGCAUUGGAGGGUUGGGGAAAACGGCUCUUGCUCAGCUUGUGUUUAAUGAUGCAAGGGUCUUAAGUGCCUUUCCGUUAAGGCUCUGGACUUGUGUAUCUGACCAUGAUCAGAAACAGUUGGAUGUCGAAGGCAUUCUUCGUAAGAUUCUAGCUUCGAUUACCGGUCACCAGCCUGAUGGAUCCACCAAGGAAUUGGUGCAAAGGCAGGUUCGAGAGAAACUAGCAAGUGACAAAUGCUUGCUUGUUUUAGAUGAUGUAUGGACUGAGAACCGCAAUCAGUGGCUUAACUUGGCCGAGUUCUUGUUAGGAGCCCAAAUGGGAAGUUGGGUUCUAGUAACUACACGUUCACAGGAGACUGCAAGAAUUAUAGGAGAUGGUUUUUCGCAUAAGCUGCAAGGAUUGUCAAAUGAGAAUUCAUGGUAUUUGUUCGAAAAGGUAGCCUUUGGAUCGGAACAAUCAGGCCAUCAUGAUGAUGACUUGGUUAAAAUAGGGCAACAGAUUGCUAAAGGGUGUGCUGGAGUCCCUCUCGCUCUCAGAGUAGUAGGGAGUCUUCUGUAUGGUCAAGAGAAGAGUAAGUGGCUAUCGGUUCACGAGAUAGGGUUAGCCAACAUAAGAGAAUGCCAAGAUGACAUAAUGCCUAUAUUGAAGCUAAGCUACAAUAAUCUAGAGUUCCCUCUACAGAGUUGCUUCAGUUAUUGUGCUUUGUUUCCUAAAGAUUAUGUGAUUCACAAGGAAAUGUUAACUAGUCUGUGGUUGGCACAAGGUUACAUUGUUUUAUCAGAUGAACAUCAAAGCAGCAAAGAAGAUGUUGCGGAGGAGUAUUUUUCUAUUUUGUUGCGCAGAUGUUUUCUCCAAGACGUAAACAAAGAUCAAUUAGGUGAGAUUAGAACAUGUAAGAUACAUGAUCUAAUGCACGAUCUUGCUCAGAAGGUAGCAGGAAAGGAGAUUUGCGUAGGUGAUUGUAUCAACGAAAACAUGCAUAAAAAAGUUCGGCAUCUAGUCCUUAAGAGAGGUGAAUCUAAAAGAAAUAUUUUCACUAAGACCCGUAUUCGUUCGUAUCUCCAGAUUCAGGUUGGAUGGAGGUCCAACAGGCCCAUGAUGGACCAGCUCUAUUUGGAGGAAUUACUAGCGAAUUUCACGUGCAUGAGGGUAUUGGACCUAAGCGGGUCAAACUUUAAAAGCUUGCCAGGCAGAAUAGGUGAACUGCUACAUUUAAGGUACUUAGAUCUCUCACGUAAUAAAGAGUUAGAAGUGAUUCCCACGUCAAUUAAGAAACUGUAUAAUCUGGAGACUUUAAACUUGAAUUCCUGCGACAAAUUGAAAGAGCUACCAAAACAUAUAAGCAAACUGGUUAAGCUUAGGGUUCUAGAUAUUGGGGCAUGCAAUCAUCUGAAUUAUAUGCCUGCUGGGUUGGGUAUGUUAACCAACCUUCAUAGCCUACCAGUGUUUGUGUUGCGUGAAGUUAGUUUAAAUUGUAAGCAGUGGUUUGAUCAUCUGGAAGACUUAAAAGCCCUCAAGAAGCUGAAAGGUAGUCUACACUUGAGUAUCCAACUCCCCCAAAACGCUAAGAUAGAUAUUAAAAGGGAAGGCGGAUACCUGAAGGACAAAGAACAUCUUAAGCAUAUAUAUUUUUUUUUUAGUGUGGCAAAGGUUGACGGAAGGCUAAUAGAUAAUGAAGAAGCAUUAGUGGAAGACAUGCAACCGCAUUGUAAUCUCAAGAGAUUAGAAAUGCGGGGAUACCAGGGUGUCAGAAUGCCAAGUUGGGCAAAGUCUCUGCAAAAUCUUGUUGACCUAAAACUUUGUGAGUGUCGGGAGUUGAAGCACCUAACAUGUCUUGGAAACAUGCGUCAUCUCAAAGUCCUUAAACUUGAUAACUUGCCUAAUUUGGAGUACAUAAUUGAAAAUUGUAGUGCAUCCCAUUUGGCCCGAGCUGUACUGCCAAAUGCAGAAGGCUUGUCAGUCCUUCCCUCCCUUGAACGGAUUACAUUUCAAAGUUUGCGAAAACUGAAAGGAUGGGUAGCAGAUGGUCAUCAGCUUGAGUGUAGCAGCAGCAUGGAGAUGGAAUCAUCGCAAUUACUGUGUCUUUCAGGAUUAAAGUCAUGGUACAUCCAUGAAUGUCAGGAGCUUAAAUCUAUUCCGUCGUGUCCUGGUUUGGAAACUUUAUCUCUUAUAGGUUUCAGCGAAAGAUUGAGAAUACUAAAGAUGGAUGAACAAAGGGAUUUACCCUCUCCUACUACCUCAUCUUCACCUUUCGUAUUGGAUCCCAUUCCCAAAUUAAGAAAUGUUACAACAGACAACUUGACAUGGCUGAAAUCACUCCCCAUGGAGUCCUUUCAGAAGGUCGAAAGUAUGUCAAUAUGGGAGGACAAGAAGUUGGAGGGUUUGGGAGAAGUUGAGCAAGUGCUGCGUAGCUGCUCGUCUUCCUUACGUUACUUGGACAUAGGUGAUUGUGACAAUCUAAGGAGUGUUAUUUUUGUCUGAUAUCUUGUCCUUAGUGACUGUUAUUUUGUCUGAUCCUAGGAGAUCAUCAUGGCAAUCUGUGCCAAUGAUCAGCAGCCAGCAAUCAUCAGUAAUUAUUAGUUUUUUGUCCUUAGUACAGCUGUCAUAAAAGAGCUGUUACUCUUGUCUUUUUGUAAGGCCUCUAGGGCAAUGUUUGCUGAUAUUUAAGCUCAGCUUUAGCUCUGUAAACGGCACCACAAAAUGAGAGAAAUGAAAGAAUGCUGCUGAAUUCAUUCUCAUUUAUGAUAAGUUCUUAAAUGUUUUCACAAUCUAAGGAGUGUAUGUGGAGGAUUAGAGCAUCUCACUUCCUUGGAGGAUUUAAGGAUAGACGGAUGCCCUAAUCUGAAGCUAUCAGAAGAAGAAGAGAAAGAAGAUGGUGACAGCAUUAGCAUGCCAUGGCGAUCCUUUCGUCACUCCCUCCACUCCUUGUCUUUGAGAGAUCUUCCACAGCUCAUAGAUCUACCUAGUUGGAUACAACACCUGACUGCUCUCAAAGAAUUCACGAUUCACAGUUGCAACGAAUUGAAUUCCUUGCCAUCUUGGAUGUCCAAACUCACCUCUCUCACGACACUUCAAAUCCGGUAUUCUUCAGAACGCCUCCACGAGAGAUGCCAGAAUACCACUGGCGAGGAUUGGUCCUACAUUAAACACAUCCCUAGGAUUACUAUUAAUCACAAAGAUAUUCAUGGCUCGUAAAGGCUUAAUCGAUCAUGGGAAAGCUGGACUCAUUUCAAGGCUCAUUGAUGUUAUUCCUCCUCUUAAUUUUAGCUCAAGUACCCAUAUGUGAUACUCGACUCAGAUAUUGGUAUGCAGUUCAUCUUGGAUAUAGAUUAUGGAGGUUUAGUUACACCAUUCGUCAUUCAAACCAUGUCCUUUUGGGUACUUAAUAGUGAGUGUUUAUAAACAUUUUCUUGCUAAUGGUUUUCUAGCCAGAACCCAGAAGUAGUUAUACUGGCAUAGUUCUACAAAAUCACGGGUUUACAUCUAUACAAUACAGUGUUAUUUACUAGUUCAAUUUCGAACAAAGAAGUUGUGUCAUCUAGAUUUGUUUAUGUAAUUAAUGUUGCACCUCUUUAUUUCUCCUGUUUACCAAAUGCGACGAAAUGCAGAUAUUUGAUAUUAUUGCCGGA